GAUGGUUCCGAGUGGACCAGUAGCAGAAGGCAGCAGCUCCGCGUCCAAUAAACCCCUUGUUCGAUUUUAGAAUGUUCCUUCGCCAGCUCGGAAUUGAGGCUCGGCCUUGGUGCCUAUUCUGGUCCCUGACCGUCCCUGGGUGGCUGCAGAUAGUUAAGCUCAAGGUGACGGCAACAGCUGAGAUGACAACAAGAAAAGUAAGGUAGCUCGGACUUCUCGCCACAUUCGCUCCACCGUCUUCCUCGCUUUUCCUCGGAUACUCCGACACGUUGCCUGGACUUCCUCGGAUACUCUGACGCGUUGCCUGGAUUUCCUACUUUAUCCCGGGGACAAUGGUGACGGUCACCCCCAAGGCAGGCACUCUGCUCGGCCCCCUGACCACAACAUGGACCCCGCCGGACAGUUGCACCAUUCAUUUGAUGGCCACGAGCAUAUACAACAAUGCAUGGCGGGGACAGCAGUGUGUGGCGGGAAACCCCAGGGAUAACACCGAUUGCUGGCCGCCAGUAAUAGCCAAAGCGGGAAUUCCAACGCAUCCGUUCUUAGGAUGGGGUUUCUAUUCGCCCGGUCUGGCAUGCCCGACAGGUUAUACGACAGCCUGCACGGCGGAGCACGGCGGUCGGUCGGAAUGGCCAAUCGAGUUCACCCUGGUCCCUGGUGAGACGGCGGUAGGGUGCUGUCCACAGGGCUUCCAAUGCGCCAAUCUGGGCAAUACAUGCAUUGCAUAUGCAGGGACCGACAGCCCGAUGACAGUCCCCACAGCGAAGUGCUCCGGGACGGAGAUUGUCAGCUUCGGCCAGGGCACAUUCCCGGCGCUCGUUACGACAACAAUGCCCAUGACCAGCGCCACGAGUUCUGCAGAGCCCUCCGUGUUCACUACGAUACCCCAGGCGAUCCUCUGGGCACCGAUGAUCCAACUGAACUACCGUUCGGAGGACCUCCCCGCCACAUCCACAUCCACCUCCACAUCCACGCCCGCCACGACGACACCACCACCUACCACCAACAGCAACUCUCCAUCAUCAGAGACCUCAAUAACCGCAAGCGGCCAAGCAGCAGCAGCCAGCCAGAGCGGACUAUCCACGGGGGCAGCACUCGGCAUCGGCGUCGGCGCCGCACUGGGAGCGGCAAUUCUGAUCGCAGCGCUCGUCGGCUGGGUGUGGCUCAGGAAGCGGAAGCAACGAGCCGCUGCUGCGGCGGCGGCGGCAGCGGCAGCAGCAGCAGCAGCAGCGUCAGCAGAGAAGGCCGAGCUGGCGGUGGAGAGGCAGGCGGUUCAGCCGCCCAAAUACUAUGUCAAGCCUCCCGGCUGGACGCUGUCCGAGAUGAGCAACGACAGGCCGGUGGCCGAGUUGUACGUUCACUAUGAUGGGGUUGUUAUGCCUGCGCGGGUGGCCUCCGAGAUGGGCAAUGCAAAUGUGGCUGAGCUGCCCGCUGAGGUGUUACACUCAUCAGGGACGGAGCGGAGGGGUCGGGCGUCGUGAGGCAACCCACCACGCUGCAGUACAUUCAUGCGGGACUGUGCACUGCAUACGGUAAUGAUGUUCAGGUUAACCCUUGCCUCGGGGAAGCCGAAGCUGUGUGUAUAUUUGGCAUUCGGUGUACACAUUCUACUAGUACAUAUUAUGAGGCUUUAUGUAAUACGGAUGUGAAUAUUAGAACGGGUACAUAGAACUCUCAAAACCGUACCUGCGUUA